UAUACAAACCACGUCUUCGCGUUUGCGAACGCUAUAUAAACACGUCCUCGCGUUGGCGAACGCUAUACAAACCACGUCCCCGCGUUGGCGAGCGCUAUAUAAACACGUCCCCGCGUUGGCGAGCGCUAUAUAAACACGUCCCCGCGUUGGCGAGCGCAAUACAAACACGUCCCCGCGUUGGCGAGCGCUACAUAAACACGUCCCCGCGUUGGCGAGCGCUAUACAAAACACGUCCCCGCGUUGGCGAGCGCUAUAUAAACACAUAGACCAUCCUGGCAACUUGUUCCGUCGACUAUGACGGACACAAAAAAUUACAUGAUAAAUUUGUUUCGUCAACUAUUACGAGUAAAGCAAAACUUGUUCCGUCGACUAUCACGGACAUUACAAAAACUACCUAGCCAAUUUGCUUCGUCGACUAUCACGAGCAAAUUAAAACCCCCCUACUAAAUUCGUUCCGUCGACUAUCACGGGCAAUUUAGAAAUCCUAGACAAUUUGUUUCGUCGACUAUCACGAGCAAAUUAAAAAACCCCUUCUAAAUUUGUUCCGUCGACUAUCACGGGCAAUUUAGAAAUCCUAGUCAAUAUGCUUCGUCGACUAUCACGAGCAAAUUAAAAAAACCCCUUCUAAAUUUGUUCCGUCGACUAUCACAGGCAAUUUAGAAAACCUAGUCAAUUUGCUUCGUCGACUAUCACAAGCAAAUUAAAACCCUCAUGAUAAACUUGUUUCGUCGAUUAUCACGGACAAUUUAAAGAACCUAGUCAAUUUGCUUCGUCGUCUAUCACAAGCAAAUUAGACCCCUGCUAAACUUGUUCCGUCGACUAUCACAGGCAGGGCAAAAAUUACCUUGUCAAUUUGCUUCGUCGGCUAUCACGAGCAAAUUUAAAACCUCCUUCUGAAGUUGUUCCGUCGGCUAUCACGGGCAGUUUAGAAAAUCAAGUCAAUUUGUUUCGUCGGCUUUCACGAGCAAUUGAAAUCCUUCCUUCUAAAAGUUGUUCCGUCGAUCAUCACGGGCAACCUAGAAAAAACUUCACCCACUCUGCAUACCGCAAGGGGGAACCAAAAUCCCAAGUCUGCUCUACCGCCAUGGGAAUAAAUCUAUACCCACUAUGCUCACCACACCGGGCAACCAAAUUCCAAAGUCUUCCCUACAGCCACGGGAACAAAUCAACAACUCACGGGAGCUGAGGAGCGCCCCUACCAUUCAAUACCUCACGGGAGCUGAGGAGCACCCCUGCCAAAUCAAUACCUCACAGGAGCUGGCGAGCCCCUCUAUCAGUCAACAACGUACGGGAGCUGAGGAGCGCCCCAACCAUUCAAAACCUCACAGGAGCUGGCGAGCCCCUCCAUCAGUCAACAACGCAUGGGAGCUGAGGAGCGCCCCUACCAUUCAAUACCUCAUGGGAGCUGAGGAGCACCCCUACCAUUCAAUACCUCACAGGAGCUGGCGAGCCCCUCUACCAAUCAACAACGCACAGGAACGUCAUGAUCUGCAUUUGUGACGCAAACAACUACAAGCAGUACUCACAACACUCAAGUAUCACUUUCUGAAUAUAUAACAAAAUCGACA